AUGGGAGGAACUCCGGGGCAGAUCCGAGUGGAAGGUAUUGGAGCCAAUGCAGCCACCURCACAAAGGGUUCCACAACUGUGCGAUUGAGAUCCCUCUUUGACGAGACUUUCUCGAUGCAAUUUGAAGUCUACAUCCUACCAACGAUUACGACUAUGACACCAAUAUGCAAAGUCGACUUCUCCGCCUGGGAUCAUCUUUCUGGACUCCAGCUUGCCGAUCCAACAUUUGGUACUCUUGCCAAAAUUGAUAUACUUAUUGGUGCAGAUAUUUGGCCUGCUUUAAUUGCCGAUGGGAUUGCUGCGGGACCCCAUGACGAACCAUGCGCGCACUGUACCCGCCUCGGUUGGAUCGUGUUUGGCCCUGCGAUGGUCAACACUCCAAAUCAUUUGACGCAUACCCUAACUGUCAGUAAAUGUAUAGGUGAUCAGCAACUGGAUAAACUACUGCAAACGUUCUGGCAGGUUGAGGACAAUGGCCCUGUCGACGAACUCUCGGUAGACUCUUGUGAACGGAUUUUCAUUGACACAGUACGUCGCACAGUGAGUGGACKCUAUAGUGUACAAAUCCCGUUUCUUCCGAAUGCUCCAGUGUUAGGAGAUUCAUAUCAAACAGCACGGCGUCAGUUUUUUCAUCUUGAGCGAAAAUUGGCUGGCGACCCUGARCUUAGCAAUAAAUACAUCACGUUUAUGCAAGAGUACAUAGCACUCGGUCACAUGAAUCACGUGAGGAACAAUUGCCUCGACCCGACGCAAUGCUAUUACAUCCCCCAUCAUGCGGUAACAGGUAAAUUUCGUGUGGUAUUCAACGCGUCCUGCAAAACCACAAGCGGAUUGUCAUUGAACGACACUCAGUUUUCGGGACCACAGCUCCAMKACAAUUUGAUUGAUAUUCUUCAUCGGUUUAGACGUUAUCGAAUAGCUAUAACCGCCGAUGUCGAGAAGAUGUUUCGACAGGUUGAGAUCAGUCCCUUGCAUCGUAAAUGGCAACGCAUCUUGUGGCGAAAAUCUGCAGCCGAACCACUACGUAGCUACGAGUUGGCUACUGUAACAUAUGGAAUGACCAGCAGUACAUACAAUGGGAUUCAGUCCUUACGCCAAUGUGCUCUAGAUAACUACAACAUUGUGGAGGACGAAACCCGGGCUUCUAUGGCAAGGAACAAUAUCCUUGAUGGAUUUUACGUAGACGACUAUUUAGAAAGUUUUGACUCUCUGUUGGAAGCCGUUAGUUGUGCUCAUGAUGUCGAUGCGAUCCUUCGUCAAGGUCAGUUCGUUCUUAGCAAAUGGAAUUCGAACUGCGCCAAAGCACUUCAUGCUAUCACCGAUCYAGAAAAAUCUGAAGCAGAAAUUAAAUUAUGCGAUUCCAAUGCCACUGUGUUAGGCCUACAUUGGAAUCCGUUGAGCGAUGAGCUCUUUUUUAAGGUGGCAAUUGAAGACUCACAUACACUACCAACAAAUUUUGAGUGA